GAGACUUGUUUGGCUCUUUCUGGGGACUUGAACCUGGUCAAUCUGAACCAAGAGAUUGUCUGCGCUUCUGAAUUUUCUCCAUCAUUGGGGAUGGACACUGUGUUUGCUAAGAUGGCUGUACUUUGGCCAGUUCUACUGUUACUUCUUGCACUGUUCAACCCACUUCUUUCAAAACAUCUUCCCAGUGACUACAACACUGGUAACAGCACUGAACAAACCUUGAACUCUUUGAAACAGGCAGAAUAUUCAACUACUUCCUCUCCCCUAGAUCGGGACAGAGAGGACAACACUUCUACAACAGCAAUCUCAAGGAAACCUGCUGAAACAACACGUAAAACAUACGAGUCAACAACACCAAAAACAGAAGGGGAAACGUCUCCAUAUUCCACUGAGACAACAAACUUGAGAAGUUCGCUUCAAACUGAAAACCUGCUAUCCACAAGUAUUGAAAGGUCAGCUGAGACGCCAGCCUCCACGACUCAGCAUCUGCUUUCCACUUCAGGAACCACCAACUCCUCCAUGCAAGCUCUGGUCCCCCGCAGGGACCCGGGAGUACAUCACCAAACGACAGCCCCUGGUGUGACGAAGACUGUCAAGACAACAGCACCAAACGAACACUUUGCAGACAGGGACGGUUUCCCAUGCUCCACCGUGACACCGCGGAGGGAUGGCCUCGUCGGCCAGUGUCUGAUCGCCAUCGCCACACUGGCUGGUGUGGCCACCAUCUUCAUCGUCAGCACCAUCAUCCUCUGCACCAAGCUCUCGAGCAGCAAGUACAAGUACAGGAUGGCCCAUAACUGCGGCACCGAGAUGGUCUGCAUCUCCGCCCUGCUCCCCGAUGGCAACGGCACCCACGGGAGGCCCCGGAUCCCCAAGAGCAACGGCGCUCUGAUCCCCAAUACAGAGGACAGCGAGGGAGAUGACCUCACGCUGCACAGCUUUCUCCCAGAGACUGAACGGGGCUUCUAAAACCGGCACGCCAUCCUCCUCCCAGCCUCAACCGAGGAACACUCCAGCAUUCCCUCCCAGGUGGCUAAAGUGACUGGCUGUUUUGACCAUACCAGGAGCCUUUGUUUUGGAAAUGGUCCAUGCUUUCCUAUUGAUUUAAAUAGGUGAUCAGCAGUAUACAUAUCAAAUCUAUGGAGAGAAGAGUUAGGUUCCAGUUUGCAAGACUGGAAAUUGGCAAUGGGAGAACUAAAUACGGGUAUAUGGAAUGUCCGCUGCCGCUGGAGAGUGCAUGUGAUCGUGGUCAUGUGAUGCUUGACCAGUGUACUGAAACUGCUCAUAUCAGAUGCCGCCAGGUGGUGGAGAGCUCUGUGUUAGGGAAAUUUCAGUUCAUUUACUGGAAGACUUUGAAACUGGGAUCGCAGACUAACUUUGAGACUUCAUGAGUCAUUUCAGUGUAAAUAUGAAGCAUGACCCGCCUGUUUCUUGCUUUCCUUCAGCGACAGAGCCAUUUGAAAGUAGCUGCACUGCUUGUUUAAGUGCUUAUUAUCAGCAACACAUACAGGAUGCUGUAUUUUGCUCUUCAAAAGUAGUAUUUCUGGCACUGAAUGAGUUAACAUUUCCUUUGAAACUAGAAUACCAAAAGGCAGUAGUUCAGUUGUUUCCAUGUAAUUUUGUGUGUGGGAGACUACACAGUCAUCUACUCUCAGAUUACACUGUCUGGCAGAUGGUGGGUGUUCAGCGCAGGAACAGCACAGCUAUGAAAAAGCAUCACUUUCCACAACAGAACACAAAGCACAUCUGUCCACUUACCUGCCUGCUAGUUGCACAGAAAACCCACAGUGGGGCUCAGAGCUAACGGCUGAAUUGACUGCAAAUCAAAGAAACCAGUGCAAAUACCCAGCACUUUUGUCAUUCCAAUUCCCUUGUGGGUAUUAUCUGGAAUUCAUGGUGAGAUAUGUUGUGAGGCACUGUGUGAUGCAGUAAUAGACCUACGUCCUGAGAUCCCUUUGACAGAUAAAACUGCCCUGUUUUCUGGUUGUUUGUUGUUACUGGGUUAAACUGGAUCAUCACAUGGUGGGAGGUGGGGGGGAUUGAUCCUUUCAGCAAAGAUUUCAGGUAUAAAAAAAUAUAUUUUUUUAUCUGUGCUGGCAAUUAAUAUCUGAUGUUCAUACUGUUUAAAAACAUUUUCCCAGUCUUGCUCUCCAUUGCUAGGACAUAUAUUUAGUCCCUGUUUUAAAUCACAUUUGCUUCCUGGUCAAAAGAAAACAAUAUUAAUCUAAAAAAGCCAAAAGGACCAGGGGACAUCAUAGCUUUUACUCUGUACUUCUCAAGCAAACCACUGGCUCACAGAAUUGGUUGGAUGUGACAGUGAGCAAAAAUCAUUUUAUUCCAUCCAGAGGUUUUAAGCUUGGCUGCUGCUUCCAUGCUAAGGAUAAACUUUUGACAUUUCUCUUGUCCUUGAGAUUCCUCCCAACAAAACAACAUUUGCACACACGCACACACACACACACACACACACACACACACACACACACACACAUACACACACAGUAUAAUGGUGAGUAACAAUUUUAAGGUUUUUUGGACUGUAUCUCGAUUGCUAAGGAUGGUGAUUUGUAUGUAUUGCCAUGUGCAGUUCAGAUGCAUUAUUUCCCACUCCUUACAUGUACACCAGAAGUUUAUGUAAAUUAUAAAGUAAAAUUACUUACUGGUGACAUC